AAAAGAAGUCAAAGUUGCAAUAAAUAAGGAUUGUUACUUAAUUUCACUGACCUGCAUUAAAUUUCAUUUCCGUUAAAAUUUAUACGGCUUGAAACUUUAUUCUCUCUUCUUCACUCAGCUUUCUCUCUCUCUGUCUCUGAGUCAGUGAGUCUCUCUAACCAUGAAGCCCAAAGUCUCGAAGAGACUAACACUGACAUGGGUUCCGCUUCUCUGCAUCUCCUGCUUUUUCCUCGGAGCCAUUUUCACCUCCAGAUUUCGAGGACCAUCGUCGGAUUCCGGUAGCCAGCUCUUUUUACAUCCCCGACGUGAUCAGGAGCUUAAGAUAGUUUCAGAAGAUUAUCAUCAUGAGAAAAAAACAUCACAAGAAAAAGAUGUAAUAGAAGAGGUUUUGAAAACCCAUAAAGCCAUAGAGUCAUUGGAUAAGUCAGUUUCUAUGCUUCAGAAACAGCUCUCCAUUGCACAGAGUUCUCAAAAGAUUGUUGAUGCCUCACCAACAAAUUCUUCAACAGAAGGAAACCAAAGGAAGAAAGUGUUCAUGGUGGUUGGUAUCAAUACUGCAUUUAGCAGUAGAGCACGGCGUGAUUCGCUUAGAGAGACUUGGAUGCCUCAGGGAGGGAAGAUUGAGAAAUUGGAAAAAGAGAAGGGAAUCGUCAUCAAAUUCAUGAUUGGUCGCAGUGGGGAGGCAGAUGGUGUAUUGGAUAAGGAAAUUGAUUCUGAAGAUGCUCAAUACAAAGAUUUCUUUAGGCUGGAUCAUGAGGAAGGAUAUUACAAACUGUCUGCAAAAACCAAAAUCUUCUUUUCAAGUGCAGUUGCAAAGUGGGAUGCUGAGUUUUAUGUAAAGAUUGAUGAUGAUGUUCAUGUCAAUCUUGGUAUGCUUGCUUCCACAUUAGCUAGUCACCGUCAUAAGCCGAGGGUUUACAUUGGAUGUAUGAAAUCUGGACCUGUUCUUACAAAAAAAACGGCCAAGUAUCGUGAACCUGAGUUUUGGAAAUUUGGAGAGGAAGGUAACAAAUAUUUCCGGCAUGCUACAGGACAGAUCUAUGCCAUCUCAAAGGAUCUUGCCACAUACAUAUCUGUCAACCAGCCGAUUUUGCACAAGUAUGCAAAUGAAGAUGUGACACUCGGGUCAUGGUUCAUCGGUCUUGAGGUUGAGCAAAUCGAUGAUCGUAAUUUCUGUUGUGGUACUCCUCCAGACUGUGAAAUGAAGGCAGAGGCUGGAGAAAUGUGUGUGGCGUCAUUUGACUGGAAGUGCAGUGGGAUAUGCAGAUCAGUCGAUAGAAUGUGGAUGGUUCAUGCCAUGUGUGGCGAAGGUAAUAAAGCUGUGUGGGAUGCUAAUUUAUAACUUUUCUCUUUAGAUUGGAGAAAGAGCUAAGAGGAGAGAUGAACAUUUUAUUACUGUAAAGAACUAAAAGAUAUAUAUAUAUAUUCGCUUACUGGAAAAGAAGACCUUUUAGUUCGGUAUUUUCUUUUUAUUUGUCGAAAAUGAAAAAGAAAGAGAAAUAUUAAAGUUUUUUAUAUAUAAAUAAUAUGGAAUUCGAACUCA